AUGACGAAGUCGUUUUUUACUGCUAUAGAAGCGAACGAUAAUAGUAUACAAAGUGAUGUUGUCAUUGUGAAAACUCACCCAGUCGGCGAAGACGGCUUAAAAUGGCAUUGCGAUACGGCCUCACCAAGCUUUUACUAUCCACAUGAAUAUAGAUUGAGAUUCGCACCAGUAGUACCAUCUUUGUUUUUGGGACAAUUUACGGGAAGAAGGACAUUCAAGUUUGACGAGCCGAUUGAUUACCUAAUUUCAUGGUCCGAUAUGCUAUGUUGUGUAGGGAUGAUAGCUAAUAAUAAUGAUGCCAAUUCCACAGUACCAUUAACAGUAAGAUUCGGGGGACAUUGGACAGACGCGGCUGUUAAAAGCAUGUAUGUGGGAUGUGUGGUCAGAGUAAAGGCUUAUAUGGAGUUAAAGGAACUGCAUUGCGCGAAUUUGUCUCCGGUGUUACCUCUUGGAGCGACUAAAGAUAUAAGCUAUAUUGGUAAGGUCUUACUAUAAUGUGAUUUAUUGGCGUUUUAUACGGUACACAUGGGUUGCCAUCUUUAAAAAGCAGUUUUGAAUGCUUACUUAUACUUUAGUAAGUGAAUACCGUAUGUUUGUUUAGGUAUCCCAAUUCCAACCGCAUUUGCUUGUGAAUGGGCAGUUGUUAGUAAGCCAAGGAUUGUACGAUCUCUUGGUAUGUUGAUUGAAGACAAAUCGUACUCCAAAGAAUUCUAUUUUCCAAGAGGAAUUGUAAGGGAUUUCGAACAUAACCAAGAGUUGUUUGCUGCACCAGAAAAGUGGCCGAUUCAUCAGGUUAAAGAGCUACCUCCUGUCAAUACAACUGUGGUCAUCAACUAUGUUGAGGUACGUAUGUUUUGGUUUUCUUUAAGGUUCUAAAUUUUGUUUCUUCAUUUACAAUAAAUAUAUUGGCUAUAAUUAUAGCUAUAAAAACAUUUUUUAUAUUAAAAAUGGUUGUUAAUAUAGCCUAUUUUACUGUUGUUUAUCACAAAAAAAUGUUUAUAAGUUUGAUAUUUUUAAAACUACUGCUUUUUAGAUAACAACACCUCAUGUGAUACAUGAUAGUAGGGAUAAAGACAUUUUAAUGCCUGAUUACAUGCGCAACUACAUUUCAAGGACAUAUUCUAAAGUUCAUAGUUUUGUAUUUGGAUGGCUUGAUCUCACAAUGCAACCGUCUCGGGUCUAUGAGUAA